UCGUCUCCCGGCCCAUUCCCGCCAAGCCCGCCAGCCUGCGCGGGUCACUUCCGCCUCCAGGCCAUGCACUACUCCUGUCUACAUACUCUUCACCACUUUCUCGUUUCCCGCAUUCUAGAUGCAUGCGAUGCACUCCAUUCAUCCGUCUGGCUGUUACAUCUUGGUCCACCGUGGGCGUUUCUUUUUUUGUUGCCUUGUUCCAUUGACAGGCCGUGGUUCUCUCGGUUUACCGCAUCUGGAUGCACUCGCUCCAUCCACGUGCAGUCUUGCCUCGUCCAUCUAGGGACAUCGCUGUUGCAGAUAUGACGACGGAUGGUGUUAUCUGCCAACAUUUUGCAAGCAUAGCUAGGUAAACAAAGGCGCGAAAAGGCAAGAGAAGCGGACAUGAUGGCAGAAGACGCAAUCGUGGUCGACUAUUGCUCGCCGGCACCCACGCCAUCAUGUCAUUGCACGUGACUGGGUCGAUACACCAGCUUCAAAUGUUCAAACCCGUGCGUGUACAGAUCAUCGAGUACAAAGACCUGGGUGCAUCCGCUGCUGCCUCGAAACCAUGCAUGCAAUGCCGAUGUCGAUAUGCAUGCAGGGCCCGAGUCGUGGACGGACAGCAACAACUCACACAUCUCCCGGGUGCCUGCUCGCUGCCGGUGAUAACUCAUCGUCUAAACUUCACCGGAACAUGGGGCUAUGUACGUACAUACAGUACCCAUGCGUCACUCCCACAUAGCGGGAGCAUUGCCCCUGCCUGCCAGCCCACGUAUCGCCGGCCGGUCAGCAAUUCCAAUGCAAACAAAGGAAAACACCUUGCAUCUCCUCUGUGCUCCCUACUCGUUGCGCUGCUGCGCACUCUUUGCCAUACUGUGAUGAUGGCUGCCUAUCACAUUGCUGCUCAGCCUGUGACUCUGUUCCCGCAUCAUGCAUGCACCCACCCAAUGAGUCCUGGUGUUGAACGGUAUAUAUCCAAGAGAGGAGCUUCUCUGUCUCUGCUCGUAUGACUACGUAUCAGCCUACCAGAUCAAUUGCUUCUGCCUGCAUAAUCUUGGAUAUGUAACAAUAUCAACACGGUACAUGCCUAGAUAUAUCUUCUGUACCUAUAUAGCUCGUAUACACAGGUAGGACAACCCUCACUAAACAUUUCGAGUAGCACCAGUUGUUCGGGUACCGUCGAUUGUACAAUGAGGCUAUGACCUAACAGCUCUCACCAAGUCGAACGUUGAGACAUUCAAACCAGUAUUGCACGUCAAUACUUUGCACUUCAUCACAACUCACCCACAGCAUGGAGCUACUGCAUAGUCAUUCGAUCCUAGCUUCUCACCGCCAUGUCCAUCACAUUCGAGUGGGGAGGGAACGUGCGUUCACACACAGAUUGCCGCCGACUGGUUCCAGAGCCCCAGACUUCACCAUCCACCUUUCAUUCUGCAUCUUCGAAUCU